UGAGAACAAGGUUGUCCCUCCUCGGCCUCCGUUACAAGAUUUAGCAACGUAUAUGCGGUGGGCCAGAUUUGUCUUUGAUACGGCAGAAACCCUACCCUGGCCCAUUGGACCGAACUGUGACCAGGACUGAUGGCUCGUCGAAAUCGACUUCGCUCGGCAGAUUGAUAAAUAGGUUACUCCACUGUACCUUUGGGGGACCUCACCCCCUCCCCUUCCCCAUCCUCAGGCAAACCCGUCACCCACCCAGCCCCCGUUUCCCUUCUUUCCAGCCAUACCUAAGCCAAAGCUGCCACUGCCAAGCUGUCGGACAUGUCGGGGCCUUUGCCAAGCCGGGCACGAGUGUACACAGAGGUCAACACUCAUCGCCCGAGGGAAUACUGGGACUAUGAGUCACAUGUUGUGGAAUGGGGAAAUCAAGAUGACUUUCAGUUGGUGCGCAAGUUGGGACGUGGCAAGUACAGCGAAGUGUUCGAGGCAAUAAACAUCACCAACAACCAGAAGGUGGUGGUAAAGAUCCUAAAGCCAGUGAAGAAGAAGAAAAUCAAACGCGAGAUCAAGAUUUUAGAAAACCUGCGUGGAGGUCCUAAUAUUAUUUCUCUCAUCGAUAUAGUAAAGGACCCCGUAUCCCGGACACCUGCUUUGGUCUUUGAGCAUGUAAACAACACAGACUUUAAGCAACUGUACCAAACUCUGACAGACUAUGACAUUCGCUUCUACAUGUACGAGAUCCUCAAGGCUCUCGAUUACUGCCACAGCAUGGGAAUCAUGCACAGAGAUGUGAAGCCACAUAACGUCAUGAUCGAUCACGAGCAUCGAAAGCUGCGGCUUAUUGAUUGGGGCCUGGCAGAGUUUUACCAUCCAGGACAGGAGUACAAUGUGAGAGUCGCCUCGCGCUACUUCAAAGGACCUGAGCUCUUGGUGGACUACCAGAUGUACGACUACAGUCUGGACAUGUGGAGCUUGGGCUGCAUGUUGGCCAGCAUGAUCUUCAGGAAGGAACCAUUUUUCCAUGGUCAUGACAACUACGAUCAGUUGGUGAGAAUAGCCAAAGUUUUGGGAACAGAAGACCUCUACGAUUAUAUUGACAAGUACAGCAUCGAGCUGGAACCUCGCUUCAAUGACAUUCUGGGAAGACAUUCUCGUAAACGGUGGGAGCGCUUCGUCCACAGCGAGAAUCAGCACCUGGUCAGCGCCGAGGCUCUGGAUUUCCUCGACAAGCUUCUGCGCUACGACCACCAGGCCCGAGUGACCGCCCGCGAGGCAAUGGACCACCCGUACUUCUUCUCCAUUGUGAAGGAGCAGUCUUGUAUGGCUGGAUCAGCCAACUUGCCAGGCGGUAACCCUGCUGUUACUGCAGCCAGCAUGGUUACUGUUCAAUUCAAUUCAGUAUGAGUGGCCAUCUGCUACGACCGACUGCGGGAUGAAAAGUUGAGGAGUUUUAUAAUUUGUCAUUGCUGUUCCCCUUGAUUAUUCCGGUUCAUUACCAGGUUCAACAUAUCUUAAAGUUUCUCUUCGUUUCAAGUAGAAUAGGUGGAAUCUGACAAAGAUAUUUUACAGUUUUUAAACUGAGAAAUUUGACCAUUGCUGCAUAAAAUCCGGUCUGUGAGGCAAAGGGAGAAGAUGGAAAAUGAUACAGUGCAAUAUACGGGAAUGAACGGGAAGUUUUCUACUUGCAAUUCCACAGUAGCUGCGUUUCCGUAAAUAAUAGAACUGCGCAAAUUGAAAUUCGGAAAAUAAAUUUGCUUAAUAGAAACACGGCAAUUUUGAAAACAAAAACAACAACAACAUGUUUUUCGACAAAAAGUUGUUGCAUUGGGAGAAGGUGGUUUUUCACCGUUACCGAAAUGGAUAUAAU